AAUUAACAAAACACAAACACUCGACCCGGUACACCUCAAACCAGAACAUACUUCCCAAUAUCCUCCUACUCUUUCAUCUCUAUCGCCUUUCUCCCCCUCUGCGAUAAACAACUAUGUAUUUCUCUUCCAAGAUGCCUCUAAUUCCUCUCUUCCUUUCUGUUUUCCUAAAAUAAUGUCUUCUCUAUUAGAUCUAUAAACCCUUUCCCCAAUUUCCUCAGACCCAUCUCUUCCUCCUGUUACACACACAGUUUCUCGGUUCAGAAGAUGGACUCAGAUCUACGGGGAAGGAUAUAUUCUGAACCGGUUGAUCAUUUUGACCGGCUACCUGACUCUGUUCUUCUCUUAGUCUUCAACAAAAUCUGCGAUGUAAAAGUCUUAGGUAGAUGCUGUUUGGUUUCUAAGCGCUUCAAUUCUCUUGUUCCUCUUGUUGAUAGCGUUAUUGUUCGUGUUGACUGUGUCAUCGCCGACGAUGAUUCAUCUUCUUCUACCUGUGUUACUUCUGACAAGUCUCGCCACCCUAUCUCCUCCCUUUUCCGCCUUGUCUUCUCUGGUCUUCUUAAACCCUUCCAAUCAAUUUCUCAAUUCAUUUCUAUUUCUUCUAGACGCCCCCCUGCCUCCGCCUCUGAUGACGUUGAUGGUGAUGUUGAUCAUAAUAACUUUGUUACCCAUCAUUCCCCUACACAGGUUUUGAAGAAUUUCAAUGAAAUCAAAUUUCUCAAAAUUGAAUUGCCUAGUGGUGAGUUGGGAAUAGAUGAUGGUGUAUUGUUGAGAUGGAGAGCUGAUUUUGAUUCCACCCUUGAUAAUUGCGUUAUCCUUGGAGCUUCGUCUUUCAUUCAUAGUAGUAAUACUGUCAGAAACGACGACGAACAGUAUCGAAAUGGGUCAGAGAAUGAGAAUAACAACAAUCUUGGUGAAAUCAAUGUAGAAACGGAUAAUGGGAACAUACCUGAGUCGUUUUACACGAAUGGGGGUUUGAAGUUGCGUGUGGUGUGGACGAUUAGUUCAUUAAUUGCUGCAUCUGCAAGGCAUUAUCUAAUGCAGCCUAUUAUAGUGGAGCACAAAAAACUUGACAGUUUGGUAUUGACAGAUGGGGAUGGACAAGGAGUAUUACGUAUGAAUAAGGACCAGCUGGAAGAAUUCAGGGUUAAGCCUUUAUCGGCUUCUUCAGCUUCAAAGAGGACUUUGGUGCCCGCACUGAAUAUGCGCCUUUGGUAUGCACCACAUUUAGAGUUACCUGAUGGAACGGUGCUCAAAGGGGCAACUUUGGUGGCCAUUAGGCCCAGCGAACAGCCUAAGAAAGAGGAUGGGAAUUGGGUAGCUUCUGCAUUUGAGGAGCCUUAUGGGACGGCUGUGAGGAUGUUGUUGAAGAGGAGGACUUAUUGUCUGGAGAUGAAUUCAUUCUGAAUGUGGAUUUCAAGUAGCUGCAUAGAUUCAGGCAUUUCUGAGGUUAAAGAGAUUUGCUAUUUGUAUGUGAGAAUUCAUUGGCUUCAUGCGCUUGUCCUAUUGCUGACCUGCGCCUUGGAAGCACCACCUUGUAGAUGCAUUUCUCAUGGCUGAGAAUGUAGUGAGCUCUAGGUCUAAAAAGGUGCAACAUGGUGGUUGAAAGUUUCCUACAUAAACUGCGGAUUCUUGUUCUUCAAUGUAGCAUCUCGUGAUCUAGAUUGGUUGCAAGAUCAGUUAUAACCGUUAGCUGUUAAAAUAGUUUGUGUCAUUACUAUAAUUGAUCUGCUAAAGUAUUACUGUAAAUUCCUUUUGGAGGAGUCACUGUAUAUAUAUACACAAUUGUUUCUUUUGGCAUAAUGCUCUGCUAUGUUUUAGAGAUGAGAAAAGACAUGUUUUCCCCCUGAA